GGACAAACAUCUUCCGAUCCGGCCGUCCAUUGAAAAUGGCGCAGAUGGUGAGGUGUAGAAUUGGCUUCUUAUCAUUGAAAUCCCUCAAAACUCCAGUGUCACGGAUCAUACUCCCCGAGAAAUACCAAAGAUUAUGUUUUCACACGAGUUGGCUAUUGAAUGUCAAGGGGAAGGAGGUGCUUAUGCCCUCGCUCUCUCCUACGAUGGAGACAGGGACAAUCGUCAAGUGGAUGAAGAAGGAGGGUGACCCUAUUCAGCCUGGAGAUGCCCUAGCAGACAUACAGACUGAUAAAGCUGUGAUGACAUUUGAAAUGGACGACGAAGGAACAUUGGCGAAAAUCCUGGUACCCGAAGGCACGAAGGAUAUCAAAGUGGGAACUCUUAUUGCUCUGACUGUCGAGGCAGAUGAAGAUUGGAAGUCUGUGGAGAUGCCGGUAGGGGCAGGGGCACCUGAGGCACCUCCUGCAGCUCCUGCUGGGAGCAGUGGGCCUGUAGAAACCGAGGCAGAACCACCUACUGGCCAAGUGAAUGUUGCUAUGCCUGCUUUGUCACCAACCAUGACAUCAGGGACGAUUGUCAAAUGGCUGAAGAAAGAGGGGGAUGAGAUAUCUCCUGGUGAUGCUAUUGCCGAUAUUCAAACGGACAAGGCUGUUAUGACGUUUGAAAUGGAUGAGGAAGCAGUUCUGGCUAAAAUUUUGGUGGAGGAAGGCUCUCAAGUAGAAGUCGGCCAGCUGAUAGCAGUGACAGUAGAAAGAGGAAUGGAUCCGAAAGCAAUCGUCGUCCCGACAGCGACGAAGCCGUCUGCAAAACCCUCCGCCGCCUCUCCAAAACCGUCCUCAACCCCCUCAUCAGCCCCGUCAGCGGCCCCCGCUGGUGACAAGCCACCCCCAAGUGGCCAAGUCUAUGGAUUAGCUGUGAAACGACUGCUCGAGGAGUACGGUCUCAGUUCAGGGUCUGUCAAAGGCACUGGCAGGCCGAAUCGUCUGCUCAAGAGUGACGUCCUUGGUUAUAUUCAACAGAAUAACAUCCAGAGAGUCGACCCGGGAGCUGCACCAGCCCCUGCCAAAGCCGGAGCUCCCAGUGCUCCUUCAGCACAGUCCAGGGUCACAGCUCCUCGAAAAUCUGGGCCAUCUACCUACCGGGAUGUGGAGAUAUCUAAUAUCAGGGCUGUUAUCGCUAAAAGACUUGGGGAAUCCAAGCGGGGUAUUCCUCAUUCCUACGCAACAGUUGAUGUUAGAAUCGACAAACUCAAUGAAGUUCGUGAAACGCUCAAAGGAGAAGGCAUCAAAGUGUCAGUCAACGAUUUUGUCACGAAAGCUGUGGCUUAUGCUCUCCUGCAGUGCCCUGACAUUAAUUCUUUGUACAAAAAUGGACAGAUAGUGAGGGUGCAGAACGUCGAUGUGUCUGUUGCUGUAUCAACACCCGCAGGUCUCAUCACGCCGAUUGUGUUCGAUGCCGCCAGCAAAAGUCUCAGUGAUAUUUCUAGUGACAUCAGAACUCUUGCUGGAAAGGCGAGAGAGGGAACCCUGAAGCCUAAUGAAUUCCAGGGAGGGACUUUCACGAUAUCAAACUUAGGAAUGUUUGGAAUAAAAGAGUUCUCAGCCAUAAUAAAUCCCCCACAGACUGCGAUCCUCGCUGUUGGAACUGGCCGUGAAGUACUGGUCGUCGAUACGUCGGGUGAGAGAGCAACAGAAGGAGACAUUGACACGACACUUAGAAAAGCGUCGGUAAUGAGUGCAACACUGUCGUAUGAUAGUCGAGCUAUCGAUGAGGAUCAGGCGGGAGACUUCCUGGCAGUUCUUAAAUCAAUUCUGGAAGAUCCAGCUCUGCUGACUGUUGCGAGGGGCCAGCAAGCUAUGAGACACAGACGUUAAACACACAUUUAAGUGGACUCGGGAGAUACUGCCACAUAUGAUCUUACCGAUGAGCCAACCACAGAGAUCAUUAUCCAAAGAACACGAUUAUGAGAAUAACAACCUCAAGGGUUCAGGGAAAUGGUUGAAUAAAUAAAACCACCGAUUCUACGAAAUGCGAUGAAAAAUCGAAAAUAUCAGAAUAAAAUGUUCUCAUUCAACGAUCUAUGAUUAAUUUGCGCACUAGGUCCAUACUGAAUGAUAUCUAGUUGAAUUGCUGUAUAAAAAUUAAUUAAUUGGGCAAAUGGUGUUCAUUUCUUCACUGAUGUGAUGAACGAGCAAUUAGAGUGAAAUCAUUGGCUGCGUCAAUGUAACUGUAAAUAAAAUAUUUAUUGACCCAUAA